AUGACGCAGGACGAGAAGAUCGCGCAGACUGCGGUUGAGAAGAUGCCGUUCUCCCCGUCCCGCAUGUCCAGGUCCAGCUCUGCCAGGAUCAUCCAAGAGAAGGCCGCUGCCAUUAGAAAGAGCUUCCAGCGACCCAAGUUCUGGGUCAUGGGCUUCGGCUGGUGCUUGGCCGCCUGUGCCGGCGCUGCGAAUGUCAUUGCCUACAAGUGCUGGAGCCUGUAUGCCUCGCAUGUUACUGGCAGCACCUCGAACAUAGCCUUCCGGCUUGAAGGAUACCAGCAGGGCGAAUAUGGCUCAGAGACCUUGAUGGAAGCGUGUCUGCUGGUUUUCAGUUUCCUGAUCGGAGCUUACACGUGCGGCAUCCUCAUUGACAAGAAUCAAGUGCACCUCUUGGGGAAGGCCUUCUAUGGACUCGCCCUCGUUUUGAACUCCAUUCUGCUGGUUUUGGCUUCCUUUGUGCCGGGCCGGCUGCUUCCAGCCUGCCUGGUCGCAACUGCCUGCGGCCUCCAGAAUGCGAUGUGCACGUCCCACUUCGGCGCCAUCAUCCGGACUACGCAUGUGACUGGCACCGUGACGGACAUUGGUUCGACUUUGGGUCGCAUCAGCAUGAUCUACUUGAGGAGAGCUUGCCGAUGCAGCGAACUGAAUGACAUCGAACGCGCAGAGAUUGGCGUGGACGCACGGAAGUUGGGAGUUUUGGCUGGGCUGUGGAUUUUCUACCUCGGGGGCGGUCUCGUGGGGAUCUACACGGAGAAUGUGGUGUCGGGCCCCAGGGCACUCCUGAUUCCGGCCUCCAUUACUGGCAGUGUGGGCUUUGCCUACAUGGCUUGCCGUCAGCUGCUUAAGGACUACAUCAAGAAGCUGGAGCAGGAACGGUUCUCCGCAGACCUGAAAGAGGCGCAGACCGCAUUGGCCAACAUGGAAAACCGCCUGAGCCAGCUUGAGUCCGGCAGUGACAAGCUAGCCGCCAACUUCGACGUGGAAAUGGGCCACAUGAUCGAAGCAUUGCAUGAGGUGGAAGCCGACUUUGAUAAAGUCUGCCGACAAGCCAGCCGU